AUGGGCUUCUGGGGGACGUCUGUCUCUCAAGACCUCCCUCCCACACAACAUCAACCCAGUAUUCAACGAUUCCUUGAUACGUAUGGAUUAGAAUACACGCCAGACGGACAGUACAUCCGCUGGUCGAAUUCGAAUAAAAAGCAUCCUCGGAAUUGGCCGGCGGCACGGAAAAUCUACGAUACUGGAUUGAUUAUCUUCUUGGAUCUUUUUGCGACAUGUGUUAGCACAGCCGGAAGCGCGGCGGCGGACCAUGCUCGCAAUGAAUUCGGACUCAAUAAGACACUAGCUGUCUUCCUCUUUGUCUCACUGUCCCUAAUCGGCCAGAUGAGCGGCGGGAUUAUCUUCCCAGCUUGGUCAGAAGCAUUCGGACGUAAGAAGCUUUACAUCGUUAGCACCGGGUUAUACGGCAUCUUUUGCCUCAUCUCAGGAAUGUCACCCUCCCUUGCCGGUGUCGCAAUAGGUCGCUUCUUCUCCGGCUUUCUAUCAGCUAUACCAGCGGUCGUUGUGGCUGGUAGUAUUGAAGAUAUGUACAAUGCCAAAGAUCGAGUAUGGCUCAUCUUCAUGUGGGCCGUUGUUGCAAAUAUGGGCCUUGCACUUGGACCCAUCAUGAGUAUCUAUAUCAUAUCCGGCUUGGAUUGGCGAUGGGUAUUCCGUAUCUCCGCGGUUGUAACGGUUAUCAUUACAAUACUCCUCUUCGGCAUUCGCGAAUCUCGCCCAUCUCUAGUCUUGGAAAGAGAGGUUGCAAAGAUACGCAGAGAAAGCGGCAUUGCAAACCUCAAAGCGCUGAAUCCAGACCACACCCCCGAUCUCAAGACCUUCAUCCGCAUUGGUCUCUUCCGCCCUAUUCACCUCUUUUUCACAGAACCUAUCGUCUUCCUGGUCGCCACAAUGAGCGCGGUAGCAUUCGCAUUGAUAUAUCUAUUCACGGAAGCCUUACCACCAAUCUACAUGUCAAUGGGUUUCUCAACAACAUCCUCCUACCUCCCCUUUUUCGCAAUCUGCAUCGGUCUCCUGUUCGGCCUACUCACCCGUAUACAAGAUCAUCGCAUCAUCCUGCGAUACCAAGAACAAGGCAUCCCCCUCGAACCCGAACACAAACUUCUCGGCUUCUCAAUCGGCGCACCGAUCCUCGCCGUAGGGCUAUGGUGGUUCUCAUGGACGAUUCCACCCGCAGUACACGUUCACUGGCUCGUAUCCACAGCCGCGCUCAUUCUCAUCGGGUACGCCGUCAACGAAUUCGAUUCCGUUUUGGCGGGGUAUCUGGCCGAUAGUUAUUUGGGGUACGCGGCUAGUGGGUUUGCGGCGGUUCAACUCCUUCGAUCCUCGAUGUCGGCUGCGUUUCCGUUGUUCGCGACGGAUAUGUAUGAUGCGUUGGGGGCGAAUGUGGCUUCGUCUAUUUUGGCUGCGCUUGCAACUGUUUUUUGUAUUCUGCCGCCUUUGUUCAGUAGAUAUGGAAGGCGGAUUCGAGGGCUGAGCAAGUUUGCUAAGCAUAGCUUGCAGGUGUACCAGGAAAAUGGGGUCGAUAAACAUGGGUUUUGA